CGGCGCCAUGUUGUUCCUGUUCCGUAGUUUGACGGCGAAGAGGAGGCGAGGCGAACAUUUGCGUUGGAUGAACUACCCGAUCACACAGAAAUGAGUUUGAGAAUAUGUUGAGAUACGUGUUUUUUGACAGAGGAGUGAUGCCACGCGCGCAGAUGUGACAUUGAUUCGUGGUUCACCAACUGUUUCCAACUUCUGCUGAAAGACAGACGGAAUGACUAGCUUUCUACAAGUUGUGUUAAUACGUUAAUACAAACCGGGAUGCCAGACAAUAUCGCCUUUCUGACGAACCGCACACAAUUGGGGCACGUUGGUCGCGCGUUGGGUUCGAGCACGCGUCCCGCUUGGGCGAUCGCGGUGCUGGCCAGCGUGCUGAUCUUCACAACAGUGGUGGAUGUUUUGGGGAACUUGUUAGUCAUCAUUUCGGUGUUCAGGAAUCGGAAACUUAGGAAUGCUGGCAACGUUUUUGUGGUCAGUUUGGCCUUCGCUGACCUAGUGGUGGCUUUCUAUCCCUACCCGUUGGUUUUAUACGCCAUCUUCCACGACGGCUGGUCUCUUGGAGACACUCAAUGCAAGAUCAGUGGCUUCCUGAUGGGUCUGAGCGUCAUCGGCUCCGUUUUCAACAUCACUGGCAUUGCUAUCAACCGCUACUGCUACAUCUGUCACAGUUUCGCCUACGGACGUCUCUACAGCUACCGUAACACACUGCUGCUGGUGGCCCUCAUCUGGACCCUCACCAUCCUGGCCAUCCUUCCCAACUUCUUCGUGGGGUCGUUGAGUUACGAUCCACGUGUUUACUCCUGCACCUUUACUCAGACUGUCAGUAGUUCUUACACUGUGGUUGUGGUGGUGGUUCACUUCCUGGUGCCCAUUGCCGUGGUAACCUUCUGUUACCUGAGGAUUUUCGUGCUGGUAAUACAAGUGAGGCGAAAGGUGAAGAGCGAGGAACGCUCGAGGCUAAGGCCGAGUGACUUGCGCAAUUUCGUCACCAUGUUUGUUGUGUUUGUUUUGUUCGCCAUAUGCUGGGCUCCGUUGAAUCUGAUCGGUCUCGUGGUGGCCAUCGACCCAGAGGUCAUGGCUCCACGUGUACCCGAGUGGCUUUUUGUGGUAAGCUACUUUAUGGCCUAUUUCAACAGCUGCCUCAAUGCCAUUAUUUACGGACUCCUGAACAGGAACUUUCGUAAGGAAUACAAGCGGAUCGUGACGUCUGUAUGGAUUCCCCGAAGAUUUGUGACUGAGACCUCCAAGGCAGCCACAGAUGGGAUGAAGAGCAAACCGUCACCUGCCAUUAAUAACAAUGAGUGACCUUCAGCAACACACUGUUCACUGACACAGAGAGGAAUUAUGGGAAGCUUUAUACUGAACUUCAAUGACUUAAAGUGUCAUUUUGUACUUCUAUAUUAUC